AUGGCGGCUGCGGAAUCCACACAGUGGCGGCAAGCAGCCGCUGCAGACCAAGCCUCGGCGACGAGUCCGUCGUUUCUCCGCGCUGUCUCUGCAGCUCCUCCGCCGCCUCUCCCUGAGGGCGGCUCGCAUGUGCUCCCCGAUCAAGAUCACGGGCAAACGCCUUCUUUUCCCGUUAACCUGGGCUCGCCUACGCAGUCGCUUCCUGGGUACCCGGCGUCCACGCCCUCCUCGCCCUUGUGCGUGCCUCGUCGCCCGAUCGGCGCGUCGUGUGAGGCGUCGCCUGUCUUCGGGGCGCCUGCCGCGGGCUUGCUGCCCCGUUCGCCGGCUGCGCCCGUGGGGCUGAGUCUCCACGUCGGCUACAAGCCCGUCGCGGCGUCGCACAUCAACACGCCUUGCUCGUCCUCCCCGCCUCUCCGCGUCCCCGCCUCCUCGCUUCCUUCGUUUUCUCCGCUGCCCUCCGCUUCGCUGUCCGUCCGCUCGCUGGCGCCUCCAGAUUCCCUGCGAGCCUGCGCGCCGCCGCCAUACGCCGCGGUGCAUAGAGCCGCCACGCCGGUCGCCGCGUCACUCGCGCUGCCGGCAGGCGCGCCCCCCCUUGUCCAGCCUCGCACCGCCCCCGCUCUCCCCUUUCUUCUCCCUGGCGACGAGGCGAAGGCCGCCCCGCCCGCCGCCGCAUGGGGCCUGGAGAAGAGCCCCUCUGCGACCCAAGCCCUGGGCGGGCUGCGUGCGAUCUUUGCGCAUCUCGCGCGGACCGUCUUCACGGUGCUGGCGACCGCGGGCUCGCCGCACGCCGCGAACGCGGUCGGGCGCGAGGAGACGCCUCGCAGCGCCCUGUUUCGCGCCCACGACAAUGCCGCCGCCAGGCUCCCCGACAGCGAGCUCUGCAAAGUGCAUCAGGGCGCCGCCGUCGACUGCGGCGAGAAGGAGCGGCGAGCCCGAGCGACCGAAGGCGACGGCGACGCCGCGACCCCGCCCACGGGGCGCGCGGUGAUGGAGCUGUGGAGAGACUUGUGUUCGGGGAACGCUAAGGGCGCUAGAGAGCUCGCGUCGCCGGCAGCUCUGCAUGCGAAGGUGCUUCGCGAGGGGCUGCCGGCGUCGGCGCUGCCGCGUAGCAGGCCGGGGGCAGGAGGCCUGCUGCAGGCUGGCGAGGCGGAGACAGGAGGCCUGGGAGGCCCGGGAGGCCAGAAGCGCGACGGCCAGGGCGAUGCCGUGGAGAGACUGCAGCACGCGGAGGACGAGGACAUGGCGGCUAGUGAAGAGGCCGUCUCGAAACGGGGCGACGACGCGUCGCCUCAGACUUCCGUCGCUUCGCCAAGUACGUGUGUCUCUUCGUCCGCGUGCCCGCCGUCGCUGCGCCUCGAUCCGCGCCUGAGCGAAGAAGAGGAAAUGGCUUUCCACGUCGAGACGCUGCUUCACACGUGCUCGCGGCAAGACUUGGCGGACUACGCAACCGUGUUCCUGCCGUUCUUCGGAGUGCAGCCCCUCGAUCUCGCCUCGCACUGCGACAUCUCCUUACUCCGCUCUGUGGCGCUCCAGCUGCAAGCGAUGCGGCGGCUGAAGGACGCUCAAGGCCCCCAGGCCGAGCCACCCGCGGGUGCGGUCGCGAGGCUGCAGAGAGGCGAUGCCGUAAGUCCGACGCCAAGAGUCGCGAGAGUCUUCUCCCUGCAGCACAUCUCGCCGGAGGGGACGCCGGCGACCUCGCGGACCAGCUCGCCGCGCACCUCCGUCCGCGCCUACUCGCUUUCAUUUCUGCCCAAGUGCGGCGGAGAGAGCGCGCGGGGCGGAAGGCCUCCCACGGACCCGAGUGCCGCGCAGACGGCGGAGACAGCCGCCGCGGACGCAGGAGCCGCUGGAGGGGCGACGACGGCAGGGCGGCGCGUGAGCGCGGAGGAGGACGCCAUCCGCGCCAAGGCGAAGCAGCCGGAUGGUGAACAGAAGUUUGUCGUGACUGACCUCGACAUGCCGGCGCGAGUGCCGCUGCGAGAUGCAGGGAGCUUCGAUGACUCCGGGGAAGGCGAGCAGGGUCGCUUCUUUCUUUGUCCGUCGCCGCGUCUGUCGCUCUCGUCUCUGUUUCUGGGCGAGGGGGGGGAUCUGCAGCGCUCAGGCGCCUCGUCGCCUUUCCGCGGGGGCCCUCUCUCAGCGGCCCCCUUCGCGCUGCGCGAGCAAGUCUUCCCUGCUGCUUCCUCGGCGUCUGUCUCGGCGCUGGAUUCGCAGUUCGCCGUCUGCCUCGACCCGGUGGACAAGCCCGCGCCCGCGACGACGAGCAGCGGCGGAGAGAGGGCUUUCUCGGAUUCGGUUUUCCCGCCUGCUUGCGGCGAGCCGCGCUGGGGGGAGGGCGACCGGAGGAGGCGCAGCUCGCGCAGCGAAGAGAGCGCCGGCGGCGACGAGCUCGGGGUCUCGGGAGAAGGCGCCUUGGCGCAAAGUCAGUCCUUCACGUAUCUGCCCAGACCCUUCUCGGAGCCUCCGCCGGGGCUGGCCUCUUCGGCGUCUUCGCCUUGUCUGCUACAGCCCAAGUCGCCCACCGAUGCAUCAGCGGAGGGGGGCGCCGGCGUCUCUCCAGCCUGCGAGUCGCGCGGAGGCCCGCAGAGGGAACCUGCUGUGGGGUGUCUUCUCGGGUGCGAGUCUGGACCCGCUCCAGAGCACGUCCCGGCCACGUUUGGGACAUCGGCGUGCGGCGCCCCGGAGAUGCUUCUCAAACCCUUUCUGCGGCGACGGAGCUCGGGAACAGCCUCCGCAGACGCAGAAGGCGAGCGAGGCAGCGGCGCGGCCGUCUACACGCUGUCUGGGGCGUCGUCGCUCCUUCUCUCCCGGGCGACGCCCCCCCCCGCGUCCGCUUUUGGCCCUGUCUCCGCGCCGGGCGUUCAUGCGGAGGUCGGAGUCACGGCUGCGCAGCCGCAGGACGGGACGAAGCGUGGGUGUGAAGAGAUCGAGGCGCGCGUACCAGGUGUGGCUGGCGGCAGCGAGGAGACGCGAAGACGAGACUUGGAAACAGAGGACGCGCGAGGAGAAGGAGCAUCUCCUCUCGCGGCGCCAGGCGACGCGGAGACCGAUCCGAUGGCGAAGCCCGUCCUCGAGAGCCCCGACUGCGUGCCCUCGUUCGCGCCUGCGGCCUUCGUCUCGGAGGCCGCGGGCGUGUCGUGCGGGCAAGAGAACGUGAAGAAGGAGGUGGAGCACGCGGCGUUUUGCGGCGCCGCAGACCAGGGGGCCGACUCCUUCCCGGCGCAGCUCGAGAGAGUGAAUGGAAACCCGGCCUUCGGCAAGGCAGACGACGGAUGCCGCGGCCGAUUCGCUGGCGACGCGGCAUGCGCCACUAGCAGCGGUGCGCGAGUGCGAACCAUCUUCUCCGUCGAAACCAUGGGCAGCGACGAUGCAGAAAAAGAGGCGCGGCUGUUUGCAGCGAACUGCCGGCGAUUUGUUGAUUCGCUGACGGAGGGAGGAGUCCGGCGUGGCGCGACGUACUCCACUCAGGCUACAGGUGCGGCUGUGGCGACGUCGUCGGAGAACGUUGCGCCGCCCGCGUCUGCGUGCGCGAUGUUUGCGUAUUCGCCCGACUGCCGCGUGAGUCAGCAGGAGGUCGUGUGCCCAGACAAAGAGACGCAGGCCCUCAUGCGCACAAAGACGGACGACACUGUCGGCGCGCUGUCGCACUGUUCCAACGCCCCCUCUUCCACGUUGGACGCCGAUUCUUCUGCAGCUGCGUCGCAGGGCUACGCGGCUUCGGCUCCUAUGCGCACACCUGUCCCCGCGACAGAGCCAGCCGAGGGCGAAGCGGCCGCCGCGUGGGUGAAGCCGGCGGCCUUCGCAGGUGUAACUACACCCGAGCCCGACGUCGGGCCGUCGGGUGUACGUACACCGUCCACUGCGGAAACCAUGGGGGAGGAGCGCAGAGACGACGGAAAGGGCGUGAAGAAACCCAAGAAGCGAAGGCGAAACGACGACGCGUCCGCGCGGGCGGACAGCCCCCAGCCGGACGACGGCGAAGGGAAAGCCGACGGCAAAGGCUCAAAAAACAGCGCCUCGAAGCCGCCGCCCGCCGUGACGAUUGGUCUCGUAGGCAGGCCAGGAGGUGCCUACAACCUCGUCACGCGCGUCGUAGGCCGAUGGGAGGGCGCCAAGAACGACUUUUCUGUGAGUCGCGUCGUGCGCUUGAGUAACAAGGCGAUGGAGCUGCCGUACGUACACGGCGUCCGCUUCGAGGCGGAGACCUUCGCAUGGACAGCGCGGAUCGGCGUCCAGUCUCGGCGCUUCCUCGUGAAGAAGCACGGCUUUCAGAAGUCACGCCUCUAUGCGAUUGAAAAAAUCGAACUGUGGAGGCGCAAACUGCCCCCCGACGCGCUCGCCCGCGAGCUGCAAGCUGAACAGGAAAUCCUUGCGACGCUGCCUGCGGUGGAGGGCCCCGACGCGGCGCCGGACGAGAGCGCGAGCGUCCUUGGGUUGACUGCGCCCGGGGACGCCGCCGGCGAGGGCUGCGAGGCAGGGCAGACUGCGAGCGGCCGCUCCGGGGCGUCGUGCGAAGAUUGGGAGAAGAAGGCGAGCAGCUGCAAGAAGAAGCGAGCCGGCGAGCAAGGCGCAGUCCAUGGAGGGGGCGGGGACAUGGGAGCCGCGUCCCCUCCCCCGUGUUCCUCUUCACUCGUCUACGGCGCGACCUCUGGAAAUCCGCUUUUCUCGCCGUCUUUCACUUACGCGGCGACCGCGCCCGCACACAGCGGCAGCGUGCCAGGGCGCGCGUACGGGCAGCCGGUGGCCUUCGCGUCUCCGACCUCGUCUGCGAGCCCGGCGCCGUCCGCGGAGCUGCAGGGCGUCUACUACCCAACGAACUCCGGGGCGCGGGCGGAGGCGGGGCCGGCCGACGGCGGGCCUAUGCAGCCGGUGGUUGUCGUCCAUACGUCCAACACGCUUCCAACUUCGUUCUUCCGCGAGCCUUCCGCGUGUCCGCCGGCGCUCGCGGCUUGCGCCUCCACGCCGCUCGCCUCCUCGCCCGCGCCGCCUCCGUCGCUGCCCCCCUCGGCCGCGCACAUGUCGCCCUCCCUCUCGUAUGCCUCUGGGGCGCCGGCGGCGACCGCCACGCAUGCGUCGGGCGCGGGGUUCGCGGCACCCUUCGGGUCUCCCGGCGGCGCGCCCGUCCCGCGGCCAUCGCCACUGGCUGCCCCGGGGGCCUACUCGCCGUCGCCGGCCUUCUCGGCUACCAUGCAAUCCGUGCCGCGGCAGAUGUCGACGGAGGAGGCCUUCGUGCUGCCCUCUUCGGCCUUCGCGGCUCCCCCGACGGCGCAGAGUGUGGGCGACGACGGCUCCGAGCACGAGAGCCCGACCGCGGCGCUCGCGCGCGCCAACGGCGCUGCGGGCGUGCCCUGCUGCUUCCCGCCCUGUGCGCCGUCGCCGACGCUCACGGCGCAGGCCUAUCCGCACGCGCAGCCGCAGGUGGUAUUCGCCGCAGAGGCCCGCGACGGCCAGACCGUCGCAGGCAGCGGCUCCCCCUUCCCGUUCACCUCCGAAGGUGCCUUCGCGCCCGCGCAGGCGCCCGUGGGGCCGUACCCGUCGCCUGCAGCGGGCCCCGCGCCCGCCGCGGUCGUGCCAGGCUCGCCGCAGCUCUUCUUCGCCUCGCCGGGCGGCGCAGGCGCCUCCGCGCCUGCGGCUGCACAGGCCCGCGAGCGCUGCGUGUCCAUCGAGUAUCAAGCGCCUUCGCCUGCCUUAGAGCCCGUGGUGACGCCGGCGCCCUACCGCACCGUGUCUCCGCCGCCGGGGUCCUUCGUGCCGGCGCCCUACGCCUCGCCGGCGCUGGGCUCGGCUUCGUCGUAUGCGGCGCCUGCGAACGCGUUCCCGGCCGUCCUCUCGCCGCAGUUGGUCAGGUUGCCGGCGCCGUACGUGCCCUACAGCUCUCCGCUCGGGGCUGCGAUGCCCGCCGCCGCGGCUGCGCCCUGCUACCACGCCGGGAGCGUGGCACUCAGCGAGCGACCUGGCAACGCGGAGGAGAGACGCUGGAGCUAUGUGCAGCCGAGCGAGCCGCAGGGCGGCGGCAUGUGA